CGAUUUUGAGAGUUUGGUAUGGAGGAUUGGAGGUAAGCGGUUUACUAGGCAGAAACGGUGAUAUGUGCGAAUAUACGUGCAAAGGGUGCAAACUUGCUGUGCGUGAGGUGCAUGCACUCGUUGCUUGUGGUCUCUUAUCUCCUUGAUUUUGUACUUCGAUUGUAGCGUAGCAUGGUGCAUGGGCAAUGUGCGUAAUACUUAGUGUGUGCGCGCGCGCGUAUGCGUAUACAUGCGUCGAAGAAGCAAAACGCAGGAUGCAGUUUUGGCGGAUUACGGCUUUUAUGCAUGGACACGUGUAAUUCUACCCUGCAGACGCGGCUGUAGAAGCAUUUUUUCAAGAGUGAGAGUUUGUAAGUUUUCCUUUCUUUUUUCUACCUAUUUUGGUGUCUGCUUGGAUUUGGUUGUCUGUUUUCGUCCUAAUCACGACAAAUAUGACGUGAAUGUAGGCAGGAAUAAUUGGAUGGAUUCUACCUGUCAUUUCAAUGCUGGAUUUUGGAUGCAGUUCGCUCGCCCCCGCGGGAAAUGCGGAUGAGGCCGGCAUGGACACUGAGGAGGACCUUCCCCCUCUGCUGGAGGAAGAUGCGGGGGAAGAGGAGUACGAUGAGGGGGUUUACAAUGAGGGGGAGGGACUUGAGUUGGAGGCAGCUGAGGUGGAGGCAGCUGAGGUGGUGGCAGCUGUGGUUGAAGGAGAAGUUAUAGCUGAUAGUGGAGCUGGUACCUCCGCAGGCUCAUGGUCUCUCACCAUUUUCGCACUUUGGAAACGCCCUAGCAAAUUCUGGACCGAUCGUACAGUUCAGUACCAGUGGCAACGACCUAAUAACCAACCGGCCGGGCCAAUACAGUGUUUGGGAUUUGUUGAAGAGGACGUCCAACAGGUCGAAUGCCAGGCUGCCGGCUGCCGUAGCAUUGGCCGCAUUGCGCUCGCGCCUAGCAACCUCCUCGUGCUCCAUUCGCUCACGCUGGGCCUCGACAACAGCAUCAUCAAGCCUAACUGGUGCAAAUCCAGCUCGGUCGCUCACCGGAGCGUUUCCCUACCGCAUGUUAUUGGCCCAAUAAUGGGAACGCCUGGUAACCGGCCUCGAUUACCAGGCUAUAAGGUUACUGGGUCGUUAACGGGCUAG